GACCUGAACGUGAACACUUCCGAGUCCGAGCUGACAAGCCCGAAAGAUGAAAAUCGCGAUUUCAUGGUCAAAUAUUCAAAGUGUCCCAUGUCAUUUCCUGUAACGAGCCAUGUCCUCGCUAUCGUAUCUCAUCAACAGCCCGAAUAAUCCAAAAGCACAUCAGCCUCUCAUUCUAUUACAAUCAACAAAAGCCCAAACAUGUCUCCCUGUUUUGCGUAGCCUGAUCAAACCGGCAAAGCCUCCAUCGCAGACACUUCUCUUUUGCUUCUUGUAUCCUCCCAGCACUCUGACAGACACUGAUUUCCAAAAGCUGGAUGUCAGCGAUAAUGGACUGAAGAUCUUCGAUUAUACAGCGAGCAUUCCUGGAUACGAUGACCAGUGGUCUGAUCACACUGAAUCCAUAUUAUCUACCGUAGAAUCUGCUCCUCCAGGAACUUUGAACGUGAUAAUAGACUCGCUUGAUACGCUCGCGUCCGAUAUUUCAUCUACUCAAAAAGCUUACAAGUUUGUACGGAGGUUACUUACACUGGUCACUGCCCGGCAACAUCCAUCCUCUCUUAUCGCUCACCUUCUUCCAUGUCCUCUCCUUCCGCCGCUGACUCAGACUAGUCUUUCUCCAGCACUCUUACAUGCCAUCGCGCACGCACCCGCCCUCCUGUCCCAUAUUGCCACUGCUUACAUGACGCCUCCUCCGCCUGCUGGUCCACCUGAGAAAUUCUGGGGUGUCUUCAUCCCAAUCGCCGAACGUUCGUACGAGAGUGAACGUCUCAUUUUUGGACCCGAUGGUGAAGGUUCCUCAGGAGGUGCGUGGGCAGGAAACGGAAGUGGAAGUGGAAGUAGAAGCGGGAAAGCAGAUAUGAGAGAGAUGGUAGUAGAGGUGCUCGUGCGAGGCAAAGGGGAUGGGCGUAAACGGGCGGUUGAAAGAACUUUAGAAGGGUGGAGAGGUCAAUGUCCUUGUGAGCUGGAGGCACUGGAGAGCUUGAAGAGUGUGAUGCUACGCAAAAGAGUCGAGCAAGCUGCACCAGACCCCACACAGAAUGUUUCUUUCAAACUCUCGCUCACUCCGUCCCAAGAGAAAUCUCGAGCGCAAGUUCCCCUUCCAUACGCACACGAAGGACAAGCCUCGAAUACUACUUCCAGUUCUUCUACGCCAGCCACUAUUCUGUAUGAUCCAGAUUCUGCGGAUGAUCUGGAUGAUGAUGAUCCGGAUGAGGACUUGAACAUAUAGAAAAACUGUAUUCAUCCAUGAUGUUUACCGAUGGAGAGCUAUGCUGAGAUGUUCUUGGCUGAUAGAUAAUCACUUAUUUAUUAGGCCUACAUAAUUAGUAGCAACGCCAGACAAGUCGGUUCUUAUCCAGGUGUAUGCGAAACCUUUCUUCUUUCCUAGCGUAACGAUAAUGCUGUCCUAUGCAGCCAUGUAGACUCGUAAUUGUACGAAUCAGUUUAGCCACAUAGGACAGCAUAAUUUCAUACAACUAUGCUUGCGAA